AUGAAAUUAUCACUUUCGGCUCUAGUUCUCUUGCGAGUUCAAGUUGCUUCAGCUACUGCCAGACAUGAGAACAACAAUACACGAGACUGGGUCGCAGCCGCCAAGCUCGCCACGGACUUCGUCGCUGAGCUCACCCUCGACGAAAAAGUAUCCAUGAUCACCGGCAACUCAUCGGCUGGAAACUGCAUAGGAGUCAUUGGGCCGAUCCCUCGUCUUGGGAUACCUGGCCUAUGCUUACUUGAUGGGCCAAAUUCCAUCAACCGCGUCGACCUUGUCAGCGUGUUCCCGUCAGGCAUAACGGCUGCAGCGACGUUUGAUCGAGACCUGAUUUACCGCCGAGGAUACGCGCUCGGAGAAGAGUUCAGAGGGAAAGGUGGACAUGUCAUGCUCGGUCCAUCGACAGGCCCGAUGGGCCGCCAUGCUCUGGGUGGUCGAAACUGGGAAGGCUUCGGCCCAGAUCCAUACCUCGCCGGGAUCUCGAUCGCCGAGACCGUCCAAGGCGUUCAGGCUACGGGUGUCCAGACGUGCUCGAAACAUUACAUCGCCAAUGAGCAAGAGACUCAGCGAUCUAACUCUAACCAGACCGACGGCACAAGAGUAGAAGCCAUCUCGGCAAACAUUGACGAUAGGACCGUCCAUGAGCUGUAUCUUUGGCCGUUUGCAGACGCGAUCAAGGCUGGUACCACAUCCGUCAUGUGCUCUUACAACCGCGUGAACCAGACAUAUGCCUGCGAGAACUCCCACAUUCUGCAAAAACUCCUUCGUGAAGAACUCGGUUUCAAGGGUUACACAGUCAGCGACUGGUUUGCGACACAUUCCACCGCCGAAUCAAUCAACGCUGGUCUGGACCUAGAGAUGCCUGGAAUCAUUCCCUCCAACUACCCAGGCGCCGUCAUGUACUUUGGUGAAAAGGUCCUAGAGGCGGUUACCAAUGGCACCGUCUCCGAGACUAGGAUCAAUGAGAUGAUCCGCAACGUCAUGACUCCAUACUACUUCCUCGGCCAGGACGCCCAAGAUUAUCCAACCCCCGACCCAGCACUGAGAUGGGUUACUCUCGUUCAGGAAGUCGGACUUGGCGCGGCAAAGAAGGGGGGAUUCCUCCCUGAUGGAUUCGUCUUUCAGCAUGGCCGCGACGUGAGAGGAGACCACGCCAAAGUCAUCCGCGAGAUGGGUGCCGCUGGCACAGUGCUUUUGAAGAACGUCAACGAAACUCUACCCCUGCGCGACCCAAAGAUCAUUGGAGUGUUUGGCAACGACGCAGGCGACAUGACAGAUGGCUUUUACCGGCCUUCCGAAAUCCCAGACAGCGUGAACACAGGCACCAUGAUCAUCGGCGGCGGCUCCGGUAGCGGAAGAGCAUCGUACAUCGUCUCUCCGUUAAGAGCCAUCGAGGCCAAGGCGGCGGAAACAGGGGCCGAGGUUCUCUACAUCACCAACAACGAUGUGCUGGCGAGGAAUGAUUUCAGGGGCGUAUACCCACCACCUGAGAUCUGCGUCGUCUUCCAGCAGACCUUUGCCAGUGAGAGUUUCGAUCGCACGUCGUUUGAGCUUGAUGGAAAUUCUACCGCGGUGAUUACCAACGUCGCUGACUUCUGCGGUAACACUAUUGUGGUUACGCAUUCUGGUGGUGUGAACACCAUGCCUUGGGCGAACCACACCAAGAUCGGUGCCAUCCUCGCAGCGCACUACCCCGGACAGGAAAGCGGUAAUUCCAUUGUCGAUCUCCUUUGGGGUGACGUGGCGCCUUCCGGACGUCUUCCGUACACUAUCCCGCUCACCAAGAGGACGCCGCUUAUCGACUACCGCCACUACGACGCUCUCGACAUUGAGCCACUGUACGAGUUUGGGUUCGGUCUAACAUACACCACCUUUGCCAUUGACAACGCUACCCUCGAUGUCAGCAUCUUCGGAGACAACACACCACUUGCUCCGAAACCGGACGCUUCUGUGCAGGUUCAGCCCGGCGGAAACCCCCAGCUGUGGGAUGAAGUAAUCAUCGUCAAGACAAAGGUCUCAAACACAGGAAACAGAACCGCUCACGCUGUCCCACAGCUCUAUCUCACCUUCCCAGACAGUGCUCCUAAAGGCAGUCCACAAAAGGUGCUUCGAGGCUUUGAGAAGGUAUUACUGGAAGCAGGUGCCUCUGCUGACAUUGAGUUUCGUCUGUUGCGCAGAGACGUUAGCUACUGGGAUACUGUCGAACAGACGUGGAUCAUUCCCGACGGCGAGUUUGUCUUUAAGGUGGGCUUCAGUUCCAGGGAUCUUCCAGCGGAGAGGGGCUUCGUUGUGCUUGGAGCAACUAGCUGA